AUGGAAAAGAUUUUUAUUAGCGGUGAUCCUAAUGGACAUGUUGUUAAAGACAUGGGACAACAUUCUGGGGCUCAGGAUGGUAUGGGUUUUGGAGUGCAUAAUAAUGCAAGACAAGCUAUUAUUGAUUUCUCCUUCACGUACAACCUCAAGAUUGUUAACACUUGUUUUAAGAAACAGGAUGAGCAUUUAAUCAGUUACAAGAAUGGAACUCAUAGUUGGCAACCACCUUGGGUGGGAUGUAUCAAAUACAAUGUUGAUGGAGUAGCUGGCCAUGGGGACUUGGUGGCAGCAUGUGGUGGUGUGCCUAGGGAUCAUGAAGGGCAUUGGCUUGAUGGUUUUAUGUUUCAUAUCGGCAAAGGUAAUAGUUUUCAUGCGGAAGCUUGGGUUGUGCUUGGGGGCCUUAAAAGAGCAUGGGAUAUGAAUUGGAAAUGGGUCGUCAUUGAAACUGAUUGCCGGGAGCUUGUGGAAAUUCUUAACACUGGUUGGCAUGAUGAACACUUGGAAAAGGACCUUCUUCCUAAGAUUCAAAGAUGGCUUGGAAAGGAUUGGGACGCAACCUUAGCCUGGUGUGGUCGAGAUGCAAAUACGGUGGCCAACAUGCUAGCCAAGAACUCGCUGAAUGUUGUUGAGGGAAUAAGCUUUCUUUAUUCUCCUCCUGAUUUUGUUGUUAAUCUUGGUAUAUCUGAUGUAGCUUAG